AAUGAGUUCGAAGUGGCUGGGUCAUAAGAGUGGAGCAGAUCAGACGUCUCUGAACUGCACUAUUUUAUCUUUCUAUCGCAUAUGCUAAUGUUAUUACACCGCGUCAAACAAGUGUUGUUCAAAACCUUCCGGAUUUAAUUGGGGUUUAUGAUCUGCUCUGCGUAGACUUUGAGUUAAAGACAUUCAAGGCAGGCAGAAACUAACCUGGAAGUUGAGCCACGAUUCGCCAGUAACAAAGCUAUUUAUCGUCAUCAUCGUGAUCUGGAAGUCUCUCAACACAUUUGGAGCGGACACGAGGUUUUCAGAUUUUUUCAGCAUAAAUCUUUGAUUGCGUUGUGAAAUUUGAAGACGAUGACGGCGAAAGCACGGUUGAGGACACUUUACGCAGAUCUUAUUGUACAUGUGCUCUUUGUUUUUAUUUCAAAUUGGGGAUACUCCAAAGCGCAGAAUGGAAUUCCCGAAGGCGCUGCCUCGCUAGUGUUUGUCUUCGACACAACGGGCAGUAUGUACGAUGAUCUUAUUCAAGUUCGCGCUGGAGCGGCGAAAAUUCUCUCCACAACGUUAGAGAGGAAAGUCAAGCCUUUGUAUAACUAUGUCUUGAUACCUUUCCAUGAUCCAGCCUUUAUAUCAACAGAUGUGGGUCCAGCCAUAGUGACAACAAGUCCAGAGAAAUUCCAGGAACACCUAGACAAUCUUUUUGUGCAAGGGGGAGGAGACUGUCCAGAAAUGUCCUUGAAUGCCAUCAUCUUAGCGCUAGAAAUCAGCUUGCCUGGCUCUUUCAUAUAUGUCUUCACAGAUGCAAAUGCCAAGGAUUUUGAUCAAACUCAAAAGGUGCUAAAGUUAAUCCAGCAGAAACAAAGCCAAGUCCUCUUUGUAAUUACAGGGGAUUGUGGUAAUCAGACCAUCUCUGGAAGCUCAACAGCAUAUGAGCUGAUCUCCGCUGCUAGUUCUGGACAAGUGUUCUAUUUAAAGAAGAAAGAUGUUAACCAAGUGUUAAAGUUUGUGGAGGAAUCUCUUCAGGUGAACAGGGUAAACCUUAUUUCAACUGACACUGGACAUGCUGCAGACAAAACAUACUAUGUUCCUGUGGAUAAUGCUUUGGUGGAGUUGAACAUUGCUUUAAGUGGAAAGCAAUCAGCAUUGAAUCUAUAUCAUCCUGAUGGUCAUCUUUUCACUGAAGAGUAUGAACUUGAGAGGCUUUUGAGUCUGAAAGGUGCAAAGAUUGUCUCUGUGAAGAAUCCCAAGCCAGGUCUUUGGAAACUGGUCACAAGUAGUAAUGGAAGCCACACCUUGAGAGUGACGGGUUUUAGUUCUUUGUCUUUUACCAGUGGCUUUGCGGUGCGGCCAAUUAGAAGUCUGGAUGAAGCUAUGCCGCAACCAGUUGCUGGUUUUAGGAACUUUGCCCUUGUUAAAGUACAUGGUUUGAAACCUCCUGGAAGACCUGAACGAGUAGAGAUACUGGACUUACAAGGUGGACUGAUUGAUGAAGUACCAUUUAGUCCUCGCAGCACAGAUGAAUUCACAUUUGAUUGGGAAAAUUUUGAACCUCCUAAAGGACUGUUUUACUUGCGUGUGGUUGGUGUUGAUGAUGAUAGCAAUGUUUUCUACAGGGCUAGUCCAACAGCCCUUAGUGCAGUGCUGCCAGAUCCUCCUAUUGUCACAGCACUAGCAAGUAUUGAGGUCCUUCCAGGUUCUAGAGUGGAAUUAUGGUGCAGUGUGCUGACUGAAACUCCUGCAAAGGUCCAGUGGAUCAUGGACAGAAGAACUCUUGGGCCUGUGCUGACACGCAUAGGAUCAGCAAAUGUCACCUACAUCAUUGCAUCAAUCACAAGCAAGGAUCAUGGUCCAUACACUUGUUUUGCCAGUAAUGUGGGAGGUACAGCCAGUGCUUCUACUACUGUUAAUGUUAAAGUUCCACGUCCGGUUGUCGUUGAUCAAAACACAAGCCUGACGCUUGUUACUGGUGAUGCUGUCAUUCUUAGUUGUGCACCUGACGGUGACCCUCCCUUCAAAGUUUUGUGGCGAAAGGAUGGCAAUGAACUGACUCCCCAAACAAACAAUUCUCUCCUGCUUCACAUCCAGAGGAGAAAUGAUAGUGGAAGGUAUGAAUGCGUUGCCACAAACACAACAAGAGAAGAGGUUCUGGUCGUAGAUGUAGUUGUUUAUGAGCAACCAUCUGUUACAAUUCACCCGCCUAUCAAGACCUUCCAAUCAGGAAAUAGUCUAUCGAUCAAAUGUCGGGUAAAUGGAUUUCCAGCGCCCUCCAUCAUGUGGUAUAGAGAAGGUUUUCCACUGCAAUUAAGUGAGAGAAUUAUUGUUAAGGAGGGUAGCGAGUUAGUCAUCAACAAUGCUCAACUGUCUGAUGCAGGAGACUAUGAAUGCACUGCGUGGAACAUUGCAGGGCAGAGCCAAGCCUCUGUAAAUCUGAUGUACACAGUACCACCCUCGGUGUACGUAGAUCAGGAAGAAAUGACUGCUAACGCUGGUGAGACUAUCACAAUUCAGUGUACAGCAAAUGGUACACCGAGGGCAAAGAUCACGUGGUAUAAGGGACAAGACAAAAUCACUACUAGUAGGCGAAUUGCUGUCAGCAGCCAGGGACAUCUGGUUAUCAAUGCUGUGGAGUUGAAGGAUGGUGGAUAUUACACGUGUCUUGGUAACAAUACCGCUGGGGAAGACUCGGUCACUAUAAGUAUACAAGUGCAGAUUCCUCCACGCGUAUCAGUCGACUAUGAUGAGGUUCCUGUGAUUCUUGGAGAAACAUUGGUGUUACAGUGUGCAGCAGUCGGUGUACCAAUGCCGACCAUCACAUGGGUGAAGGAUGAUAAGCCCCUGAGGUCAAACGACAGAGUCAACAUCACUGAUGAUGGAGCACUGAUUAUAGGGGCUGCUAUCCCACAGGAUGUAGGAGAGUAUCAUUGCGUUGGGAGAAGUCCAGCUGGAACAGAUAGAGCGCUGGUUACUCUUUGGGGAGAAGGAGUUCCUGCAAGUAUAACAACUCGACCUUCAGAUAAAACAGUCACCUUUGGCGGUAAUGUAACAUUCACUUGUCGAGCGAAAGGAGUGCCUCAACCGCGCGUCACCUGGCAGAACAGUUUAGGAAUUGCCGCUGACACCGAUCCUCGAGCCACAGUUCUGCCGUCAGGUGACUUGUUCGUACAGGAUAUAGAACUCAAGGAUGCAGGGAGAUACGUGUGCAAUGCGGAGAACAGUCUGGGGAGAGAUUCAGCUCAAGUCGCCCUCAUUCUCACGGGACUCACACCACCUACAAUUAUCAAACCAGACACGACCACCAUAAUUACCGACAGAGGUAAAACAGUUAGACUUCGGUGCCCUGCAAUUGGUAACCCUCGGCCCACUAUCACUUGGCAGAAGAACCGUCGGCCGAUUUCCAUGGACGGCAUCAAGUUCAAACAGAUAGAUGACGGGUCGCUGGUGGUCAGUUCAUUAAUACCUUUUGAUUCGGGAACUUACCUGUGCACUGCAAAGAACCCCACUGGCCAAGAUUUUCUUAUCCUCACCCUUUAUGUGUACAUUUCCCCAGAGAUUAUUAGACCGCCGCCAAACCUGACUGUAGACGUGGGAGACUCCAUACUGAUGGAAUGUGUUGCAAGAGGUUUUCCUAUUCCAAGUAUUCGUUGGUUCUUGAACAAUAAACCUCUUCCAUACAAUGGUUCUGUGAUUGAAAUAGCCAGCUUAUCUUUACAACAUACUGGGGUGUAUCUAUGUGUUGCCGAGAAUAUGGCUGGAAAUGACACUGCUACUGCGACGCUUUCUGUCAUGGCUUCACCCAGUAUAGAGCCCAUAUCUCCUGUGAAAGUUACCUCUGAACGUUGGACGGAAUUGAAGUGUAAUGUAAGUGGAAACCCAAAGCCCAAACUGACUUGGCUACGACAAGAUGUUCCCAUCGGUGCGAGCAACCCGAAGUAUCUCGUUCUACCGUCGGGAAGUCUUCGUAUUUUCGAAGUAAAACCAUCGGACAGUGGAACAUACACAUGUGUGGCCUCCAAUCCGCUCGGUGUGGCUCGGCAGCCAGUGGAACUCUUUGUGCAAGUUCCACCCGAGAUUAUUAAGCGUCCUCAAAAUAUUUCCAUCAACGAGGGCGACACCAUAAUCUUGGAAUGUGAAGCGCGUGGGUUCCCUGUGCCACGGAUCACUUGGUACCGGAAUGGUAGUACUGUGGUGGCUAAUAUUUCGCUGGUGGAGAUCACCGAAGCCAGAAAAUCAGAACACGAAGGGAUGUAUCGCUGUGAGGCUGAGAAUCCGGCUGGGAAUGUUACGGCUAGUGCUUGGGUUGCAGUGAAAGGAGAAGACGAAAACGUUGCCCAAACAGGAGGGCCAGAGUUUGUGGAUACACCUCAGGACACCAUAAUAGAUGAAGGUGCAACUUUUGUAUGGGACUGUACAGCCACAGGAAAACCAACCCCUGUGUUAUUUUGGGUAAAGGAUGGACAGCCUGUGGAUCAGCUUGAGCAUUUCAGUGUCCUGGCUAAUAACAGUCUGGUAAUUAGAGGUGUUAAGUCUGAAGAUGGAGGACAGUAUCGGUGUCGGGCCGAUAAUGGCGUCAGUACUCGCGUUGUUCAAGCAACACUCACAGUUCGAGUGAAUGGGAAUUGGAGCAAGUGGCAAGAGUGGGGUCUUUGCAGUAGUUCGUGUGGAUCUGGGUUCCAGUUUCGAUUCAGGUCAUGUGAUAAUCCUGCGCCCAGUAACGGCGGUAAAUUUUGCCCAGGGAAUGAUGUACAGUCGCAGCUUUGUAAUGUGCAAUCUUGUCCGGUGGACGGAAACUGGUCCACGUGGACAGAAUGGACACUGUGUUCGAAAGUUUGCAAUGGCGGUGAACAGACUCGGUCCCGAGAGUGCAAUAACCCAGCCCCACAGCACGGCGGUAAUGACUGCUCGGGAGAUAAGCGGGAAACUAGACCCUGUAACCUUUUCGCAUGUCCUGAUGGCGUCGGAGUCGUUAUCGGACAAGUUCACGGAACCGUGAAUAACGUGAUGUUACCAACCCUUUUCCUAUUGGCUAACCUCACUGAGACACCAACCAAUGAGACUCAAGUAUCGUGUUCUAUCAGCGGACUCCCUGGACCAAUCAGAAACUGGCUCAAGACAUUGUCAAUUCCAUUAACCGCCCCAAUCUACUGGGCUACAGCGGAAGAGAAACCUAAUGCGGAGAAUGGUCUUACCAUCACAAAAGGGCGCUUUGUGUACAAGACUUGGGUGCAUUUUAGCUCAGGGGAAACCAUGCUUAUUGAACACGAUGGAAAAGGGGUUAAUGAAAAGGGUGUGUUUGUGGUGGAUGUGGCCAUCAAAGGAAAAACGCCUAAGAUUGCAUCUGAUGCUGAAGUCAAAUUUCCGGACUUUGCAGAAACGUUUGUUCAGACGGGUGUUGGAGAAAUAAGCUCUGCAUUACAGCGGGUAAUGAAUGUGAACGGGAAGCCUUUCCCUUUCUCGUGUAAUUCCUCCAUACUUUAUUCUUCUGAUGAUAAGAAGCGAAUCAGGUCGCUGUCUCAGACCGUCCAAGUUUCUGCUGUGGAUUACAGCUUUCCUCAGUCUGAUACGCUGAAGGUAGAUAUGAGGUCAUCCAUUCAAAGAGCAUCAGUAUCCGAUCAAUGCACAGAAGGUUUGGCUGUUCAUCCCACAAGUCAGUUUUGUGAAGAUAUCGAUGAAUGUGCUGCUGUUCCUCGAGUUUGCUCUCAUUUUUGUCAAAACUUUUUUGGAUCUUUUCGUUGUUCCUGCCCUGGGGGUUAUGCUCUCUCCUCGGACAAUAAAACUUGUGAAGAUGUGGACGAAUGCAGUCUGGGUACUGCUUCGUGCCCAUCAGGUGAAGAAUGUGUCAACACUGCUGGCUCAUACCGCUGUCGUGUUAAGUGCGCCGACGGAUUUCUAAUGACUGCGAAUGACACCUGUGUCGAUGUGAAUGAGUGCGAGUUUGCGAAUUCAUCGGACUCUCUUCACCGGAAUGAUCCAUGUUUACAUCGGUGCGAUAAUCUGCCAGGAUCCUACAGGUGUUAUUGUAAGGACGGAUAUCACCUGAAGGGAGACCGAUGUGAAGACAUUGAUGAGUGCGGUACCAGGCUGUGUGACCAUGGAUGUGAGAACACCGAAGGUGGCUACAGAUGCUUCUGUUUCCAAGGAUAUCGCUACGUAUCUGACAACCAAUGUGUGGAUGUGAACGAGUGUGCCGAGAACAGCACUCUUUGUGGCAAUCUUCAUUGUGUGAACUUACCCGGUAGCUUUCAGUGUUUAGGAAAGUGUGACGUGGGCUUCAAAAGAACCAUGGAUGAUAAAGAGUGUGUGGAUCUUGAUGAGUGUGAUGAAGGCCGACACAACUGCAAGUCAAACCAGAUGUGUAUGAACACAUAUGGCAGUUUCUACUGUGUAUGCCCUAGAGGGUAUUCAGCCAAGACGGUCAAUUCACCUUGUGAAGACGUGAAUGAAUGUAAGCAGUUUCAAGGCAUUUGUGAGCAUCAGUGUGUUAACACUAUUGGCAGUUUCGAGUGCCGAUGUCCUGGUGGUGGUAUCCUGAAUCCCGAUCAACGAACCUGCUCAGGUGUAGACGGUUGCGCCCUUGAAAAGUUAAGGUGUGAACAACAGUGUGACUUUACUGCGCAAGGAUACAAGUGUUCCUGUUCGCGUGGAUACCGACUUGCAGACAACAAGCAAGAUUGUGUAGAUGUGGAUGAGUGUUCAUCCAACAGCACCAACUCGUGCCAGUAUGCCUGUAUAAACACGCUGGGAGGUUACAGAUGUGAAUGUCCAGUUGGUUAUCAUCUCAGUGCUGAUGGGAAGAAGUGUCAAGAUGUUGAUGAAUGUGCGCUGACAGGUGGACCUUGCAGUCAGAAUCAAUGUUAUAACACGAGAGGCAGUUAUCAAUGUCUACCUUCUUCAUGUCCACAGUAUUAUAACAACGUCGGAAGCGGGUUCUGCGUAAAUCAGUGUUCGACCCCAGGCUACUACUGUACGGCUCAAGCAACGCGCCAGGAAGUGUUUACACUACCGCUUGGAUUUCCCGCCGAUACCGACAUUGCCCGUCUGAUCCCAUUUUUCCCGCCAUACAUGGCUUCGCUUCGAUAUUACUGCCAGUUUCAGUAUACAUUCUCAACCCAGCCAUCCCCGUUCGGUAUCAGGAUGCUUGGAAACCAGGCGGUCAUAUUCACAAAAGAGAAGCUGGGAAAAGCGGGAAUCCAUCAGUUGCAAGUCACUGCAGAUCUGCACUACAUGGAUGGAACGCUAGCCUGUAGAACUGUGUUUACAGUGUAUAUAGACAUUUCUAGGUUUAGCUUUUGAACAUUUGAUUUGCUACCACAGUUAACACUUAUAUCCAAAUGUAUUUUAACGUUGCAAGGAUUUUGCAUGAGUUGUCCUAACUUUGUCAUACUUACUCAUGCUUAGUCUGGCCUAGACUUCAGGUUUGGAGCUAUUUUACAUCUGAGUGUCAAAAGUAAUCAGAGAAUGCAUAGCUUUUACAGAACUUUGCCUAGUGAUUACCUUGGAAAACUUAGCAACCAGUUAUUAUUUAUCACCUGGG